AUGCGUUUCUAACGAAUGAAACUACGCACGCGUUCCUGAUGUUGACAAAUCGAUUACUUUCAAAGGCAAUUCCUCUCGAGGUUGAGUGGUGCACAAAGUUGUAUUUAAGCGCAAAAGUAGAAAAAUUAGUGAAAAAAAACAACAAAAAAAAAUGGGUAAACGAUUGGAAAAUGUUGCAGCGACAGCAUGCAUGACAACAUUAUUGAUGCUCUUCAAUUUUGUCUUUCUGUCCUCGGGAAUAUUAAUGCUAUUUAUUGGGAUUGCCAUGAGGUUGCAAUUGCGUGAUUACGUUGAUUCAAAUACGGAGGGAAGUGGAGCUGCUUUAUUGGCAUUAGCUUUUUUAGGAGCAAUUGUCGUUAUUGCUGCGAUUCUCGCCUGUUGCUGUACAGCUCGAGGACAUCCAGCUCUGCUUUAUCUGUACGGAGCAUUUUUGGCAGCAAUUGCUCUACUCGAAUUGGGAGCUGGAGCUUCUGUUUAUUCUUAUCGAAGCACAUUAACUGAAGGAUUUGAUCAAGGACUUAAUUUCAGUUUGGAUGCUUAUACAGACACCAAUCCAAGGACAACUCAUGUCGAUUUUAUGCAAAGCACGUUACAAUGUUGUGGUAACAAGGCCUAUACUGAUUGGUACAAUUUAAAACAUCCGCAAGCUGUUCCACUUUCAUGCUGCAAAGUUCCAAGUGAAGAAUGCUUGACCAAUGAUACAAACAAAAUUUACACCCAGGGCUGCUAUAAUCGAGUGAUUGAAUUGAUAAGCAAUAAUGUUGGUAUCGUCGCUGCCAGUGCAAUUGCAUUUGCAUUUUUCCCAUUAAUUGGAGUUCUAUUGGCCUGUUGUCUUGCUAAUAAUAUUAAUAAGGCGAAAUAUGAGCAGGUGGCCUAGCCCGAAUAAAGUCAGGAGAGAAUAAUUCCAUCUCUCCACUAUUGUGAAUAUAAAUUUUAAAACUCAAUUUUAAAUCAACAAAAGCAUUUCAAAAAAUGUUUAUUCGUAGAAUGGAAAUCCUAUAAUCUUCAUUCAAUUUAAAAAAAAAAAAAAAAGUAACGAAAGAAAGAAUCUGAUUGAAUUAUAAAAUACAAAACAAAAAAAAAUGAAAAGAGAAAAUGAAAAAACCCCAGAAAACACACAUUUAGCUUAUUAGAAAUGAUGAAAAUGUAUAACAAUUACAAAAAACAAUUUUUUUUUCAAAUUUUUGAUUAAAAAAUUAUAAAUACGUAAUUGUUAUAAAUGUGACUGUGUUUGCUGGGCAAUGCACGAUAUUCAGCAAACUAAUGUGAUAAUUAUUCCCAAGUA